GAUUAUUUUUAAAUAAUUUUUAUAGAUAACAAAUUACUUGUAUAGUAUUGAUCCAAAUAAUUCGUUUGGAAUGGACAUUCUCAGCUUGGAUAUACAACGAAGCCGCGAUCACGGUAUUCCAAGCUAUACGAAAUUUAGAAAAUAUUGUGGACUCAAAGACAUAGAAAACAAGCAAGAUUUGUCUAAAAUAAUGGUGGAUGGUUCAGCUGAUAGAUUAUUGAAGCUAUACAAAACUUGGAACGAUAUAGAUCUAUUGGUUGGUGCAUUGUUGGAAAAACACGUUGACGACGCAAUGGUUGGCCCUACGAUGAGAUGUAUCAUUAGGGAACAAUUUGUGAGAACAAGAAUUGCAGAUAGAUAUUUUUAUGACGCACCAGGAGUAUUCUCUGAUUAUCAACUUAAAGAGAUCAAACAAGUGACGCUUGCCAGAAUUUUAUGUAAUCACUAUUGGCACGGAAUUACAACACUACAUGUCUUUUCGAGACAUGAGGUAUUUGAUCAAUCAACACUUCAUCACUGUGACCCGAUAUUAAUUCCGGAAAUCGACACAUGGAGUUGGUUUGAUACAUUUAAGUAAUAGUAAAAAAAGCUAAGUCUUUUUUAUAAGAAAAUAAUUUGAAGUGUUCGUAAAACAUAAAACUAUCACAUGAUUUGAAUGUAUAGCCAUAAUAUUUUGUUUUAUAUACCUACCUACAAAUUUAUAAAAUAGAAAUAUAUCAUAAAUAUCUUUGAUUGGGAUUUCAAAAUAAAUUAUUAAAUCUAAAAAUUAAUUGUACGCAUUUGAAUAUGGAAUGUUUUUUGAUAAUAUCUUCCUGGUAUAAAUACGUUUUUUUAUCAUUCUUUUUCUUUUUUGUUUGAACAACAUAAUUCAAGAUGCUCUUUCUUACAAAACCACGAUGUAACUAGUAUGACUCACUGACUGUAUAGUUCCAUUCACCCCCAAUACUUCCUUUUUUGCUUUUAAACAUUGAUUAACCAUUUGUUGUUCUUUUUGCAGUAUGCAUCAUGUAA